AUGCCUUCGGAGAAGCAGCCCUUCUACGACCCCGUCCCGCCCACCUACGAUGAGGCCCUCGCCAGCAGCAGCCGGCGCGACGCCGCCUGGCCACCCCCGCGGUCGUCGGCCGACGAGCCCGAGUCGCAAUCCCUGCUGCCACACGCAGAGUCCUCGGCCGCCUCCUCCAGACGACCCACCGGCUACCGCCCCCCCAUGGUAGAGACGGACGACGAGGACAGCUUGUUUGGAAGCGAUAGCGAUGUCGACGACGACGACGACCAAGAGGCCGCCCACGUGCGGCGCGAGAUGCAGGAAAUGGACAUUGAGGAGCCGUCGCGGUCGCGCGGCUCGACUUGGAGCAAGAGAAUAGGUUUCCGACUCUCCCUGCCGCGGUGGAAGUGGUCGUGGCGACCCAGACUUCCCCAGCUACGCAUCCAGCUGCCGUCGCACCCAGCCGCCUCCGAGGGCGCCAACGACGCCAACGCCCGAGACAACGACGCCGCCCAGACCAGACGAUGGGAGAUGCCCAAGCUGGACAACCUCACCCUCAUCCUCGCAUUCGCCCGCCUCGUCGCCCUCAUCGUCGUCCUGGGCUUCCUCUACUUUCUCUUCGCCAGUGGCAUCUUUGGCGGCCUGUCGUCACGCCUCGGCGUCGGUCUGCGCUUCGACCCCGAGGACCUCCGCCAGCACGUCCAGCGAAGCGUCGAGGCCAUGCGCAUGCGCGCCUCGGUCCAGCACUUUUCCCACUACGCACACAUUGCCGGCACCGAGGGCGACUACGCGACGGCCAUGGACGUGGAGAACAUGUUCAGCAGGGCUGGCCUCGACAAGGUCGAGGUGGACGAGUACUACGUCUACGUCAAUUAUCCGCGAAAGGACGGCCGGACCGUACAAAUCAUGGAUAAGGGCGGCGAAAAGGCCAUUUGGACGGCCAAGCUGGAAGAGGACGAAGUUGGUGGUGAAACAGCAGGGCGACAGACGUAUGCCUUUCACGGACACUCCAAGUCGGGGGACGUCAAGGGGCCCCUGAUAUACGCAAAUUACGGCUCGCGCGACGACUUCAAGAAACUAAAGGAAAAGGGCAUCGACACCAAGGGCGCCAUCGCGCUGGUCCGCUACUACGGCACCGAGACGGACCGCUCUCUCAAGGUCAAGGCGGCCGAGCUCGCGGGCUUCGCGGGCUGCCUCAUCUACAGCGACCCGGCCGACGACGGCUUCCUCAAGGGCGACGUGGCGCCCCACGGGCGCUUUAUGCCCGCCGACGGGGUUCAGCGCGGCGCCGUCAGCAUGAUGAGCUGGGUCGUGGGCGACGUGCUGACGCCGGGGUGGGAGAGCAAAAAGGACCUGCCGCGGAUGAAGGUCAACGAGACGGCCGGCCUCGUCAAGAUCCCGAGCCUCCCGCUGGCGUGGCGCGACGCCCAGGUCCUGCUGCAGCACCUGCACGGGCACGGCCAGCAGGUGCCCGACGGGUGGAAGGGCGGCGUGCCCGACGUGGGCGAGUGGUGGACGGGCAACCUGACGUCGCCCGUCGUGCGGCUGCAGAACGAGCAGGACGAGAUAGAGCAGCAGCCCAUCUGGAACGUCUACGGCAAGAUUGUCGGCAUGGAGCAGACGGCGCGAUCCGUUAUCCUGGGCAACCACCGCGACGCGUGGGCCUUUGGCGCCGUCGACCCGCACACGGGCACGGCCAUUAUGAUUGAGCUGGCGCGCAUCUUUGGCGGCCUGGUGCAGCGAGGCUGGCGGCCGCUGAGAACGAUUGAGUUCAUGUCUUGGGACGCCGAGGAGUACAACCUGGUCGGGUCGACCGAGUUUGUCGAGAACAACCUGGACAGGCUGCGCGACAGCGCGUACGCCUACAUCAACCUCGACACCGUCAUCGGCGGCACACAGCUGCACGCGGCGGGCUCGCCGGCACUCGAGAGGGCGCUGCUGCGGGCGCUGGACCGGGUGGUGGACCCCAACGCCAACACGACGCUGCGGCAGCUGUGGAAGCCGCCCGGGGGGCGGAUGAAGAGCCUCGGGGCAGGCAGCGACUACGUGGCAUUCCAGGACAUUUCGGGGACGAGCUCGCUGGACCUCGAGUUCCGGGGGGGGCUGUUCCCGAUGCACUCGAGCUACGACAACUUCGACCUGGUCGACAGCAUCCUGGACCCGGGCUUCGUCUACCACACGCUCAUGGGCCAGGUGGUGGGGCUGCUGCUGCUGGACCUGGCGGACCGGGCGGUGCUGCCGUUCAGCAUGGUGGCAUACGCCGACGCGCUCAAGGCGUGGGUGCGCGACCUGGACGGGUGGGUCAAGGGCCAGGCCGGAGCCAACAAGGACGAAGCGUCGACGGUGUCACUCAAGGAACUGGACGACGCGGUGGACCUCGUCAAGAGCAACGCGGCCGAGUUUGAGAGGUGGGAGCUCGAGUGGGACCGGCUGGUGCUGUCGAGCGGCGGGUGGGAGGCCAACGACCUGGGGCGGCGGCGGAUGCAGUACAAUGACAAGAUGGCAGCGUUUGAGACGGCGCUGCUGGACCUGGAGCUGGGGGGCGGCAUACCCAACCGCACGCAGUUCAAGCACGUCGUGUACGGCCCGCAGCUGUGGUCGGGCUACGACGAGGCCGUCUUCCCGGCCAUCCGCGACACGGUCGAGGCGGGCGACUGGGCGCUGGCGCGGCGCACCACGGCCAAGACGGCGGCCAUUCUGCGGCAGGCGGCGACGGUGCUGCAGAUGGAUCCGAAGUGA